CGAGAAUCGGUUACGUCGGGAAUCGUUCCGACGAUUCUGGAAUCGAUUAUCAGACCUCGCUCAUAGGAAUCGCCGCACGCCUGCCGCAGUUUUGCCGCCACCGCCGCCGCCGCCGCCGCGUCCCAUGUCCAUGUCGCGCUCGCUCCACGCCUGCGAGCGGCUGUCCGUGCCGGCCCUGCGGCAGCUGCUGCGGGACACGGACACGCUGCUGUUCGACUGCGACGGGGUGGUGUGGCGCGGCGCCGACGCGCUGCCGGGCGCCGCCGCCACGCUGAACGCGCUGCUGCGGACGCCGGGCAAGCGCGUCUUCUUCCUCACCAACAACAGCUCGGCGACGCGGGCCGGCCACGCCGACAAGCUGCGGCGUCUCGGCGUGCGCCUGCCCGGUGGUGGGGACGACGACGACGACGACCCGCAGCGAAGCGUGUACGGCACGGCGCACUGCGCGCCCCUCUUCUUGCUGCUGCAGCGGCAGCAGGAGCAGCAGCAGGAGGAGAAGCAGCGGCCGUACAAGGUGUAUCUGAUCGGCAGUGAGGCCAUGGCGAGUGCCCUUGAGGAGGCGGGGAUCCCUUUUGUUGGGGGCCCGGGCCCCGAAGUGGACCUGGGCUGGCCGCCGGAGAAGCCAGAACUGGACCCGGAUGUGCGGGCGGUGCUGCUGGGCUUUGAUCGACACUUCAGCUACGCCAAGAUGGUGCGGGCAGUGGCUUACCUCCGCGAUCCUGCCUGUGCCUUCGUCGCUACCAACACUGACACCUGUCUGCCGCUGGAGGGGGACAGGGUUAUUCCAGGCACAGGCAGCCUGCUCGCCGCCCUGGAGUGUGCGUCGCAGCGCAAGGCGGCCAUCGUGGGCAAGCCCAGCGAGUUCAUGUUCGAGUGUGUGCUGCGUGCCGAGAAGGUGGCACGCGAGCGCUGCUUAAUGGUCGGCGACCGCCUCGACACGGAUAUCCUCAUGGGCACGCAAUGCGGCCUACCCACGCUGCUGGUGCUCACGGGUGUCUCUACGCUGGCCGAGGCGCAGGCCUGUCGCGACAGCAACGACCACGAGCGCCAAAAGCUGGCGCCCACUUACGUCAUCGACUCCAUCGCUGACCUGCUGCCUGCGAUCGACGAGCUCUGAUCACGUGUCUGAUUUCACCUCGAUUGCUUAGCAAUAGCUAUUACGUUUUUGCAAAUUGUGAUUCAAUGCCGAAUGGUGUCUCUUUAUGCCUUGUUCGUACUCCAUAAUUAGCAUUGUUUUGGAAUUUUGCUAUUUAUAGUCCUUGCAACUAUAUCAUCUUUAUCCUUUACAUAAAAUGUUCUGAUUACAGUAUAGUUAUCGGUGACUCAUCUGGUCAGUAUGUAAUUAUCUGUCAUAGCAGCUUGUUGCUCAUUAGAAUUUUGCUAGUUACCAACAUGUGAAAUCAUCGCUGCAUAAAACCAUGUUGGCCCUGUGUGCCCUGAUACCAUCACUAUUUAAAAGCACUCGUAGAAUAGAGGCGUGUCUCUUUCAAGCGUUCUUUAUACGAUAAUUUGCUAUAAUGAGCAAUUUUAAUUUAGACCCAUUUGUUCGCAAUAACGAGCAAAUUAUUCGCUUAUCGAGUGGAGACCGAUAAAUAUGCAUCCUGUGGCGGCAGGGGGUGAGAGCUUGCCUGGGUGUUUGGUUGUGUGGCACUAAUGAGUGGGGUGGUGUAAUGGUGAGCGUGCGGCACGACGAACCCGGUGAACUGAGUUCGAUUCCUGCUCAAGGCCAACACCAGUGACGAUUAUCUGAUCCGGUCCUGGGCCUCCCCUAGGUCGACACAGCCAGAAAUGCGUUUUUAAUAUUUGGAUUUUAUAAAUUUCCACGUGAUCAACCACUUCGCUGAGCAAUCAUUUGUGGCCACAUCUCUUCUGAAAAAGCAAUAUAGCUCAGUCGGCCUUAGUAAAAUAAAUAAAAAUUUAGUUUCAAAUGAGUACCUGGUACGGUGUGUAAACAUCGCCACUAGGGAGACAAAGGCGGCCGGGCGUGGUACUGGCCACCCACCCCUAUUGUGCCAUACCGGCCUUUAAAGGUGCUCGCUAACAACACUUGCCCCAACAGUCUGUUAAGGCUAUACGGGGGAUCUUGCACUGUGGUUCUUAAUGUGUCGUGUAAUAUUUGAUUUUAAUAUUUAUUUUUUAAAUUAUAAUUUGUAUUUCUCAUGUUAAAAAAAAGUUUUUCAAGAGUGGACAAUUUUGAGGCUAAAAACUUUGCUUUUAACAUGGGAGUCAAUGGGGAAAUAAUUAUCGUUAAGCAAUUUUCACGGAGCGUAUCUCGUUAAGCGAGGCACGCCUAUAUUAACACAUAUCUUAGAGUAACAGAAUGCUUUGAGUUGAUUUCAGAAAAAAAAAUCCAGGUAUAAAGAAGUCGAUUUUGACUCCAGUAAAAAUGGGAAUAAAAUGAAAUGCAAAUGUUACAAACUCCUAUCAACUUCAUAACCACUGCUUGGAGCCACAUUUUCCCGUAAUUUCAGCCAUGGCUGUCUGAUUUAGAAUUAAUUAUUCAAAGAUGAUCAUUCCGUUAUUGAAAGAAAACAAAUCGAUGAGCUGAAUUAACCACCGUGAGAUGACCAGCCCAGUGAACGCCAAGAUCAAUUCUGGGUGCAAUUUCCUGUGCAGCUCGGUCAUGCACAAGGCGAUGCACUGUGUGUGGCGGCAUAUACAACAGACUGCAACUUCCACAUCAGCUACGAGUCGGAUGAUUAAACCUACUCAUUCAUGCGCCCAUCUAUUUUUUUUCACUUGCAUAAACCAAUAUUUUUUUUUGUAUGAGGGGUUAGUGAAAUAUUUGGUUCUGUAUUAAAUUGUGUUCUUCAGUUUGUGAUAACUGAUGUCGGUUGCAUUUGCAGUCGUCACUAUAAAUGUACUGUAGAUGUGAUACACGACCCCAUUUAAAACACUUUCACUGCUCAUGAUAAUCACCUGUGAUCAGCACAUGCUUGUAUGGAUCCACCCUGCGCUAUGUAUGGUGAGAAUCUGGUAAACCUACUUUGGUUCUAUUUGAAUGUAGAAAAUGGGAGAAACAAUACAGAUUGUGAGGACUUAACAUUAUGGGUAAGGCAGGCUGCCUGUUCGAUUCGUGUGUGGAGGGUUCUACCUUAUAAAUAAAUCACACGAGGUGCCCGUGUUGAGGCUUGAGUAACAGCACCACUGUCUGCCCUGCUCACAUUUUGUAUUUUAUGCUUAAUCCAUCAUGUCAUGAAGUCGUGUACAGUGUUUGAUGUUAAAUUCCCUGACCUAUAUUAUGGGCUAUUUUAAUUAGAAUUGACCAGUGCAAUGCUUCACAUCGUUGGCAGUUUAAAUAUGAAUGGUUAAAAUAAGAUUGAAUGAAAUACACACUUGAAUUGCUGAAUAGCAGAUAAUAUAUUUGAUUUUAAAGUAUUUACUAUUAUAAAACAUCUCUAUCAAAUGAUGUGUCACUCUUGAGACCCACAAGAACUCACUCCAGCACAUGGUUCUGGUCGUAAGUUAACAGCAAGGAGAUAAUUUGUGUGGCUGAAGGUCAACAGACCGUAAAAUGAUUCACGCUUUUCAAGUGGCCACAAGUUAAAUCCCACAUACGUGUGAUGUCUUGCCAGUUUUUGCCGAAGCUUCAAAUGUCAACGUGAACACAGCCAUUGUUUAACGUCACUGUUUUUAUUAACAGUGGGUAGUGUAAGCAGUUUUGGUUGCGAUCAUUUCAAUGAUGUAGUUAUUGUGUAGUCUGGUUGUUUUUGUUGGCUAAUGCAGUACAUACAGGAAUGUAGUCGAGAUGGAGAUGUUUUCCCGACUGCUUACAAUUGUAACUGCCUCAUAACCCCAGUUUAUUAUUCAGGAAAGGUUUAGAAUUUGGAAAAUAGUUUUUAGCAAGUGCGAUCCUGUUAAAAUGACUGCUAUUGAUAUUCAAUAUGUAUGUUGAACUUGGUACUGUACGUAGCCAACCAUGCUAAUUGGAGGUGCGGGAAAAUCGAUAAUAUAAGCUCCGAUAUACUGUAUAAGGUUUUGUAGCUUGGUAAAAACUUGUUUUCUAAUCGAUGCUGCCUUCCACUGGUAGUUACUCGUAGAUCUUCAACAGUUGAGGUGGGGCACAUUGUGUGCCCUACCUCCACUUCCCCCCCAGCCUGUUGCCCACUACCUUCACUCAUGAGCAAGCCAUUGUGGUAGCAGGAUAUACACAAGAACAAACACCCUUUCUCUCCACGAACACCAAGAGAGAUUUCGAUUUAAAGCUUUCGUGACUGCAGGGAUUCAUAUUCUUGGUUCUUUCGGUAAAGUCACGUAGAAGGGAAAUAAUAAAAUAAGAAUUUUUUUUUUCUUUUUAUUACUUUAUUAUUUCCCUUCUACGUGACUUUACCGAAAGAACCAGGAAUACCAAUAGAGAGGUAAGGAAGAAAGAGACCUGACCCCUUAAAACAAGAUGCAGAGUAGAUCAUCUUCAGAAUUGAGUGUAACAAUCACCAGAAACCCAAGGUGAGAGCAUAUAACGGAACAAACACCUGUAUCUUAACUGACCACUGAUGAACCCCUGACCAAACUCCUAAGGAUUGAGCAGCGUGUCAAAGGUAUGGGUGGGAGAAACGUAGACUGUGGCAUCAACUAGAAAAACAAGUUUACAAGGAACACAACCUUAUUGUUUGUCAUUUCCACCGUCCACUGGUAGUUAUGACUUGGCAAGAGUACUCAUGCCUCCGAGUUUCACCGGCUCCUGUCGUAACAGCAAAAAGCUGCCGAGAUUGUUGCAAUUCGACGAGAUUUAAAUUCAUCCAUGUCUCCCGAACAUAUGAAGGAAUGUUUGGAAGUCUGCAUGGCCACUUGCACAACGCAUGCCGUAGCGAAUGCUUGAGGAUGCACUAAACGUCGUGAUACCUUUUCAUUUGUAAAAGCCAAAAAGAACACACGGGAUAAUAGGUUUACAGUAUUUUGCAGCUUCCCUCGGUUCAACCUGUACUUCUAAAUAACUUUUGGAAACGUUCUAGCGAGCAUGGAUGUUUCUGUCUGCACCUGCUGUUGGUGUAAAAACUGAGGAAUUGCUUAGAGCUUAUGCAUAAAUACCAGUGGACGGUCGCAUUGACGACGAAAACAACACUACCAUGUAUAUUAGAUUAUCUGUCAUUGUGUUCAUGCAGUUGAAAGAUGCGAUGUACUUUGCGAGACCAGGAGCAUUGUAGAUGUGUAUUUGCAGUUAGAAUGCCUUGCAGGCCAUUCUAAAUUGUGCGGUUUUGUUUGGGGGUACCAACACACAAUGGUCUACUUAGACAAGCUAUGGUACCAGGGUGUUUGUUAUCCACUGCCAUUUUAAGUGGUGUAUCUCGGUUACCAACACCAUGCAGAAACUACUGGUGGCAACAAUUAGGUCGUUGAUGGCAGGUGGCUGAGUGACGGCAUCCAGACCACCAGGUGACUCAUGACUGUUCCGCUUAAAUCAAUGAUUCACAACACAGUGAAACAGUUACGUAUACAAACUAAAUAAUAUUCCAAACAUUUCACAUAGUUGCAGAUGCUUUUGAAACAACGUUAACAGUUACUACUCUUCCCAACUCAUUUAAUCUAAAACGUGGCAAUGCAAACUAAACAAUGGCAUGGCACAUAUUUCAUCACUUCAAUUGUGUAUUUUUUUUAUAAUAGGAUAGCCCUACUUACCCGCAGAAUUAAAUGGUUCUUUUUGAAGUCUUUCUGAUAUUAAUAACUGAACCAGUUGUGACUGACGAGGUUUAAUUCCGUGCCUGUUUGACACGUUUCACUUCUGGCCAGGGAUCUCUUGCUGCUCGUGGUUGAUGUCGAUGCAGUUUGUGCUCAGACCGUGAGAGCACUGGCGACGCUUAUGGGUUGAUCUUACCGCGCGUCUGUGGAAGAGAUGCUUUAAUAAUUAAUAAAUAAAAACGUGCACAGCGUUAAAGGAUUAAUAUAUAAUAGGCGACAUUUCAUCCAAUGACCCUUAUUCAUAGUAUUUAAAUAGAGACCAGAGAAAUAAAGUGGAUAAGGAUUGGAGACCGCACUUGACGAUAAUUAAAUUUUAAAAAAUGUAUGCCCAUUUUUUUUGUAUUGCCAUAUGAAUAGUUACAAUAUAGCUAUUUAGUAGAGAAUGUCUUCAAUAAAAAAAACACGUUUUAACUUAAUAAACGAAUUUAUGAUGGAAGUUAUUAAAUAUUGUUGGCACGUUAAAUUUUGAAGAAAUGUGUUCCUGUGAAAGCCAGACAGUCAUCCCCUUAGCAAUGAAUUCCUGGGUCCAUUUACCAUUUCAAUAAAAAAGGGAUUUGAGUGCCCUGCAUUCCUGAGCUGGAGAAAUCUGAGAAAUAAAAUGUGAGGUACACAUACAUAUAUGCAACUAAAAUAAGUAGACUAAAACUAAAACGAGAUAAGGUUUGUCUAGCACUCAAUAAUAAAGAUUGAUUAAAGGAAGGUGAGAUGUUCAGCCUACCUAGUAAUUAUGUCUAUUUACGUGGGUAUUUAUAUAUGCACAUAUAUACUACUGCAUCUCGUGUGGUACACGAUGGCUUUCACGGUACUGAAUGCUUGAAAUGCACUUGUGUCUUUGCUGAACAAAAAAGCACGCGACACUUUAUAAAAGCAUGCUUGAUAAAGUGCAUAAACCAUUUUUACAGAGCUGCACACGACUACAGUACAUUAUUCUAACGUUAAUAUGCUAAAUAGGGACAUUAAUUACUUAAAAAGCGAAUUUGUCUCGUUGCAAAACGAUCACUACCAUGUACAGAAUUGAUGAGGUCCACAACCCUCCUGGUUCCUGUCCCUUAUCCACAGACGUUAAUAUGCAAUGGGACUUUGUCGUUGAUAGUUGUGUACUGUAUUGCACACUUAUCAAAUAACAUAAUGCACAACUGUUAUAUUUUUAGUAUAUACGGUAUAAUAAUCAUUUGCUGCCAUUGUCAAUACACUGUUGGAUGAAGGCCUCCGCACGGCAUGUAUUUUGGGAAUUAAGCUCUUGUUGGCUGUUUUAAAAUAAUUUAUUUAUAACAACCUCCAACCCCCCAUGAUUUCCAGACAUUCAAUAAAUGGACAUAUAAAGACCAA